CAGCUAUAGUGACAGAUGUUCAUCAACACUAUUGUCCCUGUGGGGUCGGAGGUUUGGGGAAAGGGUCGAGACUCGGUGACUCACACUUUGCUGAUGUCACGGCUGCUUCUCCCGGGUUUUCUCGUCUUGGCAUUGACCUCCCUGCCACAGGGUGAUUCCUGUGGGAAAGUCGUGUGUUACACCACCAACUGGUCCCAGUACCGGCCUAACAGCGGCAAGUUCAUGCCAGAAAACAUCGACCCCUCCCUGUGCACUCACGCCAUCUACGCCUUCGCCAAACUCAUCGGCAACCACCUGGCUCCCUUCGAGUGGAACGACGACAACACGGACUGGAGUGUGGGGCUAUACGAAAGAUUCAACCAAUUGAAGAACCUCAACCCCGCUCUAAAGACAUUGCUUGCCGUGGGAGGUUGGAACAUGGGGUCGGAGCCUUUCACCCAGAUCGUGCAGUCGCCUAGCAACCGCCGCGAGUUCAUCACACAGUCCAUCGAGUUCCUGCGCCAGCGCAACUUUGACGGCCUGGACCUGGACUGGGAGUACCCGGCCAACCGUGGCAGCCCUCCACAGGACAGAGACCGCUUCACGGCUCUUGUCAGGGAACUCAAAGAAGCCUAUGAGGCGGAGGCUAAGAGAACAGGAAAGCCUCGGCUUCUGCUCACGGCCGCAGUGGCUGCUGGGAAGAGCACCAUUGACACAGCGUACGACGUCAAAGCCAUUGCCAGGUAA